CUCGCAUUGAAAAAAAAACCAGUAAAGUAAAAAAAAAACGGCUCUUGGAUAUGCUCUGCUCAUUGCAUGUACUAUGAUAGUGCCGUAUAUGUCCGACAGAGAAACCCGCGUAACCCGAAAAUGUAUAAAAGCAAACAGCUGCACGGAUCGUCCUUGUGAUUUUUUUUUCUUCUUUCCUCAAUUCUUCCUUCUUUCAAAACUCUCUCUUAUCUACUACAACAAUGACUGGUCGCGGCAAAGGUGGUAAAGGUCUCGGAAAGGGUGGUGCCAAGCGUCACCGCAAGAUUCUGCGUGAUAACAUCCAAGGUAUUACCAAGCCUGCUAUUCGUCGUCUCGCUCGCCGUGGUGGUGUCAAGCGUAUCUCUGGUCUCAUCUACGAAGAAACCCGUGGUGUCUUGAAGGUCUUUUUGGAAAACGUCAUCCGUGAUGCCGUCACCUACACUGAACACGCCAAGAGAAAGACCGUCACCUCCCUCGAUGUCGUCUACGCUCUCAAGCGCCAGGGCCGCACCCUCUACGGUUUCGGCGGUUAA